AUGGUGUUGACGGACUCCGGAGGCUUCACCUGGCGUGGCAAAGACGUGGAAAACUGGAGCUCCCCGGAGGUGCAAGCCUUCCUCGCAGCGGUGCUACCAGGCCAUGCAGCAACGGCAGCUUUUGGUCAUUGCAGUGGCAAGGUGCUUGCUACGUUGUCAAAAGAUGACCUGCGCCGACAGGCCAAAGACGAGGAAGCCGCAAACGUGAUAUUUGCCGAGCUCACCCGGCUCAAGCAGGUCCAGGACCACGUCAGCCAGAUCAAUGCAUCUGGCGCACAGCCGUUCCAGCUUCACAUACGAACGCCGGCGGACGUGGUGCUACAGCUUGAGGUACAUCCGACUGACACCAUCAGUCGUGUCAAGGAGCGGCUGGCAUCGCUGGAAGGCACUCCUGUAGAGCGCCAGAGGCUCGUCCUCCAAGGCAGCCCGUUGCUGGACAGCCGCAGCCUGGCGUCUUGUGGCGUCGGCGAGUCGACGGUGCUGCUGCUGGUGCCCAGACUAAACCAGUCGGGCGCCCGCGGCUUUGCCCCAGCGGCAACCGUUCCGGCCCCACCGAAGCCUCUCGCCUCCGGCACCCCGCGGCCCCGAGUGCCUUUGGUUUGCACAGACAUCACGCGUCCUUUUCCGAUGAGCUUGGAGUUUAUCAGUAUUGCAGAGUAUCAGUCAUUUAUGCUGUCCAUCCAGCGGCAGGUGGGACGGAGGUCACUCACGUCCACACUCUCAGCCGUUGUCGAGGAAGCCAUGAUGCAAGUCGUGCAGGCUCACGGCCCCAUGGCCAUGCCUGUGGUAGGAACUGUGUGCGGCCCGAUGCCGAUGGUGUGCCAGGCCCCUGUUGCUUUCGUCGUGAACAUGCAAGGAGCUCUCCCCGGAUCCGUCGUGAAUGUACCAGGAGGGCAUCCGAUGGCGUUUGCUCCGAACGCUGUGCCAAUCAUGGUGCAGCCGGUGCAGCAGCCGGUUCAGCCAAUGCAGCAGACACCGCCAGUGCAGCGACUUCAGUUCCAGGAUGUGCAUUCGGAGCCCUCAAGCCUGUCGCCCACGCCUUCCGAGAAGAGCUUCCGCCGGGAAACAACCGGGAGCACCAUCGCAUCAGCGUUGUCAACAUCUUCAUUUGGAUUGUCGGAGUCUGACAGAUCCAUGAGCCCGAUUGAGUCGCCAACAGAAGGAGGGCAAGGGUUCUCCGUCCAAGGCCGCGUGUGGCAGCUCUGCCAACAGCAGACGGGAUGCCGUCGUGUUCAAGCAGCACUCGACGAGUGCGGCUCCGACCAGGAGCGAAAGGCCCUGGCGGAGGAGUUGCUUGGACAUGUUUGGGAAGCCGCGCGUUGCCCCUUCGGGAACUAUGUCCUUCAGAGAUUCAUCACACUGCUUCGCCCGAGCGACUGCCAGUUCAUCAUCAAGGAGAUCUCUUCACAUGGAGGCCGAGCCCCCACACAGCUCGCCCGGCAUCGCUACGGAUGCCGUAUCCUGCAGCGCCUGCUGGAGCAGUGCCGGCCAGAGCAAAUGGAGCCCGUGACAAACAGUCUCCUGAAGGAGGCUCUUCAGCUCGUCCGGCAUCAGUACGGCAACUUCGUGAUGCAGAGGAUCCUCAGCCAUGGAACGUCCGCCCAGCAGCACUUGCUCUGCCAAGUCCUCGAGCCUCAUGCCCGUGAUUUGACCACAGACCAGAACGCCAGUGCCGUGCUGGCAAAGGCAUUGGUUCAUUGCAGGUCGGAAGACAAGGCGAGCCUAGCCAGGCGACUUCUCUCGCAGCCUGGGUUGCUCCUCGCCUCGUCAAAGACCCGGCACGGCCAUCAGACUGCUCUGGCGCUGAUCCGUGCCCUGGAAGGGGACGAGCUCCUUGAGGCCGUGAACAUGAUGAAGUGCAACAUGGCAUCGCUCAUGCAAUGCCGCUACGGACGGGUCGUGUUGCGAGGCAUCCCGGCCUUGGGUGAGUGCGCUCUGCCUCGUGAAGAGGCAGAUGAGGCAUCGCCCUUCCUGGAGAUCCUGUCGAAUGACAACAUGCGCCCUCCGGUCCAGACCCGGGUGAUGUUCGACGAGGAUUCGGAGGUGCUGCUGAUCGACACCGUGGGCGACAUUCUCAUGGACAAUGCCAGCAACUUGGGUGCUCCGGGCUUGCGGUGGUUUUCAUGGUCAGUGUUGAUGCAGGCUCGCUACCGUGUGCUGCUGCAUCUCAAGGAGGAGCAUCCUUCCAAAGGCGGAUAG